AUGGUUUUGGCUAAGCAGGUAAGACUGGGCUACUCUGGCCUCAAGAUAUCGCCAAUAGUGAUAGGAUGUAUGUCGUACGGUUCCAAGAAAUGGGCAGAGUGGGUCAUAGAGGAUAAGGCAGAGAUUUUCAAAAUCUUGAAGCAUUGCUACGAUAAUGGUCUCCGUACCUACGAUACGGCAGAUUUUUAUUCCAAUGGCUUAAGUGAAAGGAUAAUAAAGGAAUUUCUGGAGCACUACAACAUCAAGAGAGAGACAGUGGUCAUUAUGACCAAAAUAUUCUUCCCUGUCGAUGAAAAGCUGGUGUUGCAUCACAAGCUUACCCUAGAUGAGAUUGAAGAGUUGGAACUAUCCAACCAGAGGGGAUUAUCUAGAAAACAUAUAAUUGCAGGUGUGAAGAACUCCGUGGAGAGAUUGGGCACAUAUAUAGACCUUUUGCAAAUCCAUAGAUUAGAUCAGGAAACGCCUAUGAGAGAGAUCAUGAGAGCGCUGAAUGACGUUGUUGAGGCGGGCCACGUCAGAUACAUUGGAGCCUCGAGCAUGCUUGCAACUGAAUUUGCAGAACUGCAGUUCAUUGCAGACAAAUACGGAUGGUUCCAAUUUAUCUCUUCGCAAUCUUACUACAACUUGCUUCACCGUGAAGACGAACGGGAAUUGAUUCCUUUCGCCAAAAGACACAACAUUGGUUUACUACCAUGGUCUUCUAAUGCAAGAGGUCUCCUGACGCGUCCUCUGGGACAAAAUACAGAAAGAAUGAGGAGUGACCCAACCUUCAAAUCGUUACAAUUAGACACUCUCGAGGAGGACCAGAUGGAAAUCAUCAACCGGGUAGAAAAAAUUUCCAAGGAUAAAAAUGUCUCGAUGGCCAUGAUCUCUAUCGCUUGGGUCCUGCAUAAGGGCUGUCACCCAAUUGUGGGCCUGAGCUCUACAUCAAGAGUGGACGAAGCAAUUGCGGCACUGCACGUCACUUUAACGGAGAAAGAGAUCGAGUACCUUGAAGAACCUUACAAACCAAAGAGGCAAAGACGCUAG